AUGGAGAAAGCACCAGUUCUAAAAACCGAGCGGAUCAAAGUUGGUGACCCGAGAGUGUUUGGGAGAAAGCUGGGCGGGUCUCAGGUGUUUGGGAGAAAGCUGGGCGGGUUUCAGGUGUUUGGGAGAAAGCAGGGAGGGUAUCAGGUGUUUGGGAGAAAGCAGGGAGGGUAUCAGGUGUUUGGGAGAAAGCUGGGCGGGUUUCAGGUGUUUGUGAGAAAGCUGGGCGGGUUUCAGGUGUUUGGGAGAAAGCAGGGAGGGUAUCAGGUGUUUGGGAGAAAGCAGGGAGGGUAUCAGGUGUUUGGGAGAAAGCUGGGCGGGUUUCAGGUGUUUGGGAGAAAGCUGGGCGGGUUUCAGGUGUUUGUGAGAAAGCUGGUCGGGUCUCGGGUGUUUGGGAGAAAACUGGGUGGGUUUCAGGUGUUUGGGAGAAAGCUGGGCGGGUUUCAGGUGUUUGGGAGAAAACUGGGUGGGUUUCAGGUGUUUGGGAGAAAGCAGGGAGGGUAUCAGGUGUUUGGGAGAAAACUGGGUGGGUUUCAGGUGUUUGGGAGAAAGCAGGGCGGGUUUCAGGUGUUUGGGAGAAAGCAGGGCGGGUCUCGGGUGUUUGGGAGAAAGCUGGGCGGGUUUUCAGGUGUUUGGGAGAAAGCAGGGAGGGUUUUAGGUGUUUGGGAGAAAGUUGGGCGAGUCUCGGGUGUUUGGGAGAAAGCUGGGCGGGUUUUCAGGUGUUUGGGAGAAAGCUGGGCGGGUUUCAGGUGUUUGGGAGAAAGUUGGGCGGGUCUCGGGUGUUUGGGAUAA